AUGGCUAGAUCUUCAGUAAGCGAAGAUUCAGAUUUAUCUCUCACUAGCGUCGAAAAACCUCCAGCGAUAGAUGCAAAGAUCGCUGCCUGGCCUCAGGAUAUGGCUAGGUCAAUUCGAGAAUGGCUGGGAUACGAGACCAGAGAACCUCACAGGAUCAUUGGAGAAAUAGGAAAUUCUAUAAAGACUUUAGACAAAAAAUUGCAGGAUCUUUCCGACAGCUUCACCAGUCAAAUUAUUAAAAUAUCGGAAAAGAGAGCACCGGAGAAACGACAAAACCUUCUAAAGACUUUAGAAAUUGUCACAAGGCAGCUGGACGAACACCGGCGAGAACUCAAAGAAAUCAAAGACCAAACAACGCUCGUCCAAAAUAGCAGUACAAAAGCCAUAGAAAUUCUAACCACACAGUCUCCACCCCAAUAUGAAUGCAACGACAAACGGCAGUGGGAUGAUAUAAAGACUGAUAUUUUGCAGGAAAUUAAAAAUAUAAAAUACACACAAACGCAAGAUACAUUUGACAACACCCCCAGCUCCUUAACAUUAAACCUUAGUGAACAUCUACAGCCCCUCACCGAACGUCUGGAAGCAGUUUCGUCGGAACUAAAAACCAUACGUGAACUUCGGCAGAAAACGCCACCACCAGCGAUAAGCCUUAGUACGGAGCUUGCGCUGGCAGAGAUGGCCAAGAGUACCAAAUCAAUUUCGACAUAUGCUCAAAAAGUGAAAGAAAAGCCUGUAUUGAGGCCCAACCACACCUUGAUCGUUUCGUCGACGGAUCCCAACAAAACAGAAGCCAUCUUGGAUGCUUGUGAUAAAUCUAUUCCAAAAAAAAGGCGUAUGGAAGGCAAAAAGCAGGCCUCCUUGGUGGUCCAAAACCUUAGAAAACCUAAAAAGAGACGUCCUGCGAAAGAAAAGGCGAAUAAGAAACGCCGCUCCCAUUAG